AUGAAUGAAAACGGCCCGGAGAAUAGUGCGAUGCUCGACGGAAACUGGGUGCUUAAACGCAAGCGUAGAAAGCUUCCAACUGGUACAGAUAAGUCUGGCGAGAGAGAGAAAAUCGAAAAACCUGUAAAGUUGCCAUCUAUUGCAAAAUCAAAACAUGACCUCAAAGAGGAUAGCAGUUCUGAUCAGUUUUCUGGGAAGAAAAAAGGCAAUGAUGGGUAUUAUUACGAGUGUGAGGUCUGUGAACUUGGUGGAAAGUUGCUGUGUUGUGAUAGCUGUCCCCGUACAUAUCAUCUCGAGUGUUUGGAUCCUGCUUUAAAGCGUAUUCCGACGGGUAAGUGGGAAUGUCCGACCUGCUGUCAGCAAAAUGCUCGUACGGACAGCACAAGCCCUUCGGAUCUUUUUACAAAACGCGCACGGACAAAGAUCAUCAUUCGGAGAUCAAAAUCUCUUGCUGAACCAUCAACAACUGAGAAAGAAGCUUCACACGUUGAAACUUCCGUUCAUGUGAAGAGAAAACAAUCAGACAAAGGGAAAUCAUCUUUAUCACUUCGGGACCAAACACCCGACAAGUUGUAUUGUGAUAAUCGAGAGGAGGAUUCUUCAGAUGCUAGUCCAUAUGAUGUUGGUGUUAAUAGGAAGCAAAUAGUGUCUCAUUCAGAUGCACAAGCCGAGAAGUCAGCUAAAAGUAAAAAGUUGUCAUCUUUGACAAAUAAAAAGAAAUUGAAGAAGAAAAAACCGAAUGGGAAAGGGGAAUCUUCUGAUGUUAAUCGGGAAUCUCCUGAAAAAUCUUCACCUGGAAAAGAACCCGUCCUUGCAUUGACAGCUGGUAGCCUCUUGGCCCGGAAAAGGAAGCGCAAAACUUAUACGGAAGAAAAUGAGAAGAAAAGUAGGACAAACAAGGGUAAAUCUGGUUCAAGUGCUUCUAAAAAAGGUCUACUCAAAGUGGAUGUUGGACAUUCAGGAGCUUCAAAAUCACAGAAAAAACAGAAGAUAACAGGUCGUGAAGCUUGGCCAGCCAAGCGGAAUGUCAAGUCGGAUAUGGCUGAUAUCCUUAAGGAUGAGAUGAGUCUUGAAGACGCAACUCAUGAUUCACCUGAAUCAGAAGAUGCUUUAAGAAAUACUGUUGAACUCUCGAGAUACGAAGAUGAUGCUGCUGGAUUUCAGCAGCAGGUUGAUCGAGUAGUUGGCUGUCGAGUUCUUGAUAACUACAUAAUUUCACCUAUGGUGGAUACAUUAGUUGCAGAAGAACAGAAUAAUUCUUACGAAAAUCCCAAGCCUUUGGAUGAUGGUGUUGGGGAAAACUCCGCUGAGGAUCAUAAGGAGGAAGAUCAAGUGCACAUAAGAUCAGUGACGAAAGAAUGUAAAGAUAGCGAGGAAAGUCAAAAUCCCGGGACUUCAAAUGAUGGGCCACCGGAAAAAAUCGAGAAAGAUGAAAGAAAAAUCAGCACUGCCAAAAGAAAAUCCAUCCCGACAUGUCCCACAGUGUCGUACGAGUUUUUGGUCAAGUGGGUGGGUAAAUCUCACGUACACAACACUUGGAUCUCCGAAUCCGAACUGAAAUCUCUCGCCAAACGAAAGCUCGAAAAUUACAAAGGGAAAUACGGGACGGCCACAAUGAAUAUCUGCAAAGAACAGUGGAAAACACCUCAGAGAGUAAUUGCAAUGAGGUCCUUGUCAGAUGGUUCGACCGAAGCAUACGUGAAAUGGACGGGCCUCCCAUAUGAUGAAUGCACUUGGGAAAAAAUUAACGACCCUCCUCUUGCAAACUCAUCCCACUUGAUCGACUCGUUCGUCAGGUUCGAACGGCAGGCGUUAGAAAACGACGCUAAGAAGCUCGACCCGUCGAGAAGGAAGGCUGAUUUUCAGAAAAGUGACGUAAUUGCCCUCACUGAACAGCCGAAAGAGCUAGUCGGAGGCUCUCUAUUUCCACAUCAGAUGGAGGCACUGAAUUGGCUUCGUAAAAGCUGGCAUAAGUCCCGAAACGUUAUACUUGCUGACGAGAUGGGGCUCGGAAAAACCGUGUCGGCUUGCGCUUUCAUUUCGUCUCUGUAUUUCGAGUUCAAAGUCACGCUCCCUUGUCUCGUUUUGGUCCCUCUAUCCACAAUGCCCAACUGGAUGUCCGAAUUUUCUCUGUGGGCCCCGCGGCUCAACGUCGUGGAGUAUCACGGCAACACGACGGCACGAGCUGCGAUUCGACAGUACGAAUGGCAUGCCAAUGCCAAUAAUAAUAAUAAUAAUCCCAAUGGACCGAACAGCAAAAAAACUUCUGCGUUCAAAUUCAAUGUCCUCCUCACCACUUACGAGAUGGUCUUGUGCGAUUCGUCUUAUCUACGUGGAGUUCCUUGGGAGGUUCUUGUAGUAGACGAAGGCCACCGAUUGAAGAAUUCGGAAAGUAAGCUGUUCGGUCUGCUGAACACUUUUUCUUUCGGGCAUCGUGUACUUUUGACUGGUACUCCUCUUCAGAACAACAUAGGCGAAAUGUACAACCUUCUGAAUUUCUUGCAGCAGGCUUCGUUCCCUUCUCUCUCCUCGUUCGAGGAGAAAUUUAACGAUCUAACAACUGCGGAAAAAGUCGAAGAACUGAAGAAACUCGUCGCUCCACACAUGCUCCGAAGAUUAAAGAAGGACGCUAUGCAAAAUAUCCCCCCGAAAAUCGAAAGAGUUGUCCCUGUCGAGCUGUCUUCAAUACAGGCAGAAUACUAUCGGGCUAUGCUUACCAAGAACUACCAGAUUUUACGUAACAUAGGGAAAGGGGUUCCUCAGCAAUCGAUGCUGAAUAUCGUCAUGCAGUUGAGAAAAGUCUGCAAUCAUCCUUAUCUCAUUCCGGGCACCGAGCCCGAAUCUGGGUCGGUUGAAUUUCUGCACGAGAUGAGAAUAAAAGCUUCGGCUAAGUUGACCCUUCUGCAUUCGAUGCUCAAAGUUCUAUACAAAGAUGGCCACAGAGUGCUUAUCUUUUCACAGAUGACCAAGUUGCUCGACAUCCUCGAGGAUUAUCUGACAAUAGAAUUCGGGCCUAAAACGUAUGAGAGAGUUGAUGGCUCGGUCUCUGUGGCCGAGAGGCAAGCUGCAAUAGCACGUUUUAACCAGGACAAGAGCCGAUUUGUUUUCCUCCUCUCGACUCGCUCGUGUGGGCUCGGUAUUAACUUGGCCACGGCCGAUACUGUUGUGAUAUACGAUUCUGAUUUCAACCCACAUGCUGAUAUCCAAGCCAUGAAUCGAGCACACAGAAUCGGGCAGUCGAAUAGACUUCUAGUGUACAGGCUCGUCGUGCGUGCUAGCGUGGAAGAGCGAAUCUUGCAGCUUGCAAAGAAAAAACUGAUGCUCGACCAGCUAUUUGUGAACAAGUCUGGAUCUCAGAAGGAGGUGGAGGACAUACUAAAGUGGGGGACUGAAGAGCUUUUUGGUGAUUCUGAAAAAGACGGUGAAAAUCAAGGCACAAAAGAUGAAGCUCUCGUGGAGAUCGAGCCGAGUGGUAGGAAGAGAACUGGGGGCCUUGGGGAUGUUUACAAAGACAAAUGUGCCGAUAUUAAUAACAAGUCCGCAUGGGAUGAAAAUGCCAUUAUGAAAUUGCUUGACCGGUCAAACAUACAGUCUGGUUCGGCAGAUAAUGCAGAUUCGGGACUAGAGAAUGACAUGCUUGGCUCGGUGAAGUCACUGGAAUGGAAUGAUGAGCCUACAGAAGAUCAUCAAGCUGGAAAUAUAUCAGCUUCUGCUGCAGCCGAUGAUGAAACAAAUGAACCGACUUCUGAAAAGAAGGCUGUAAAUUCGGAUGGCACAACAGAAGAAAAUGAAUGGGAUAGGCUUCUGCGAGUUAGAUGGGAAAAUUAUAGAAAUGAGGAAGAAGCAUCCCUUGGUCGUGGAAAGCGCCAAAGAAAAGCCGUUUCUUACAGAGAGGCAUAUGUAGCUCAUCCGAACGACUUACUGAACGAAAGUGGCGCAGAAGAGGAACCGGAGCGUGAACCCGAGCCUGUGCGUGAGUACACUCCAGCUGGACGCGCUCUGAAGGAAAAAUAUACCAAGCUUCGUGCACGACAAAAAGAUCGGUUAGCAAGGAGGAACACUGUGGAGUCAUUAUCAGCUCCAGUUGUUCCUUAUGCUGCCCAACAAGAGAAGCAAAUGGGUGCUGCCAAAUCGACUCGUCCCGUAGAAGAAAAAUCAUCAAACGCUGUCGAUUCGGAAAAUCAGAAUCAGGGCCAACCAGACGUGGGACCCAGCAAGCUGAGAAAAACGCCGAAUCACAAAUCUGCUGCUUCCCUUACGGAACAACAACUUCCUGUUAUUUCUACGGGAUUGAAUCUUCUGGAAGUUUCUAAGGACAGUGAUCACUUACGAGGCGUAGGUCCCACAGAUGCUAUGAACAUGAACGAUAACUUGCUGCCUGUUAUCGGGCUUUGUGCACCCAAUGCUCCUAAACGGGCUGAGCCUCUGCAGAGGAGAAUCCCCAGGCCUCCCCCCCAAAGGCAGCCCACACAAGGGCUUGGGUUCGAGUUCCCUUUGGGCUCGGGCUUUCCUAGUGAUGCUAUCAAUGCCAAAAAUAAAGAGGCAAUCUCAGGCCCAUACAGGAUGCCCGAUUUUUUUCCCGGCAAUUCUCAGCCCGUGCAGAAUAAAGGCGAUAAUAGCCUUGACAAAUAUCUGCCCUUCAAGAAUCCGCAGUCGAUGAAUAUGGGGAAAGGUAAAGGUCCAGCGGAGCAUUCGGGAGCAUCUGCUGCUGCUGCUGCUGCUACAUUUUCCGAUUUUCAAGAAAAGAUGCUUCUGCCGAGACUCCCGUUUGACGAGAAACUUCUGCCGAGGUACACGCUUCCUCUGCCAAAUGUGCCAGGUGGCGCGGGUCCCGAUUUAUUCCCGAACCUUUCGCUCGGGGGCUCGUCGAGAGCCCGUGAACCCUACGAUUUUCCCAUGCUGCCCUUACUGCCGAAUUUCAAGUACCCGCCCGAACCUCACCCCAAUUUCACUCAGCAAGAUCCGCCGCCACAUCAGAUGCCGCCGCCCUCAUUCUCAUCUUUCCCCGAGAACCACCGGAAGGUUCUAGAGAAUAUUUUGCUCCGGACCGGGCCUGGGCCAGUGCCGGGCCCGAGCAGUUUUCUGAAGAAGAAGCAGAGAAUGGACAUAUGGUCGGAGGACGAGCUCGACUAUCUCUGGAUAGGCGUGCGCCGGCACGGGAGGGGGAAUUGGGAGGCGAUGCUGCUCGACCCGAGGCUGAGAUUCUCGAAAUUUAAGACGCCAGAUGACCUGGCGAUGAGAUGGGCCGAUGAGCAGCUCAAGAUCAUCACACAAGCUCCCACCGGCCCAAACCCACUCCCACACCCGAAGCCCGAAAACAGCCCGUUUUCCGGAAUAACCAACGAGAUGCUGGCUCGUGCAGGGAUGAUGGCACAGGGUUUGCACGGUGGGCCCAUGAGAUCUCAGGCCCACAUGACAGACAUGAGGCUGGGCCUCUCCGGCGGGCCGCCGCCGCCACCUUAUUUUGAGCCGCCCAAGUUUUCCGGCGACCUAUUUAUGGGGAUGGCCGGAAACUCGUUUGCCCCUUCAAGCUCGGGUUACCUGCUGAACCCAUUCGGGACGAGUCACCUGAAUAACCCUCUCGGACUGCAGCAGAGGCCACCUCAACAGAGGGAAGGCCCGUUUUUCCCGGGCCUUAAUAGUUCGAAACCGGUUGAGGACAUUCAGGACAUAAAAAUUUCCGAGUCGAAAGGAAAAGAAGUGGCAGUCGAUCGGGAGACUUCUUCCCCAAAGGGCGCGCUUCCUCAUUGGCUCCGGGAAGUGGUGAAAAGCGGUAAAACUCCCGAGCCAGAGAUCCCUCCCGCUCUAUCCGGUCUAGCUCGGUCGUUAAUCGUGCUGUUUGGGGAAGGCUCGUCUCUGAUUCCUCCGUUUUUUGUGCCGGGACAAAUGCCUCCGAAGCCCAAGGAUCCUCUGCGUGGUCUGAGGAAGAAGAUGAAGAAGAAGUUGGAAAAGAAGAUGAAGAAGAAGAAAGCAAAGGUUGAAGCUGGAAAAGAAGAUGAAAAAGAAGAAGAAAGCAAAGAGGAAGUGCGAGGAUCGGCUGCAGCAAGUGAAGAUUCAAGCAAAACACAUUCUGAUGGUCAUUUGCAGGAGGAAAACCGCGACGAGGCAUCUUCAGAAGGUACAGUCUCUGAUCAUCAUCCAGAUGAUGAUAAUGAUGAAGAAGAAGAAGACUAG